AUGGCCGCUACAGUUCCAGGCGCUUCAACUUUAGGUCUGUCGGAGGAGAAGAAAGCAAGUUUCAACAAGGUACUGGGUCUGCUGCCCGAGCAGCACUCGAAAGAGCUGUACGCGAUCUUCAAGGCGGAUAAGCUGUCGAGGUUCUAUGUGCCGGCGGUGAUGAUGGGACACGACUCGCCACCCCCGCCGUCUUCGAGGACGGUGCAUAUUCUCGGGAACGACCAAAAAUCCAAAUUCUUAUCGCACGCGCUGCACGGGGUAUACGACGCAGUAAAUAUGGUCGACAUGCCUCCGAAUACGCGCUACACAAACGUCACCGGCAAUGUGGGAUCGUCGAGGAGACGAGACGGAAUAUGGAUCGAAAACAACCAGUCGAUUAAAGAAGGCCCGGAAUCAAAGGACGAGAACGGCCAUAUCAGUAAUCUGGUGGUCGGAGGCCGGCCAGCUGAAGCGGUCAAGCUCCUCGAGAAGGUCAAGCACCGCGUCGACGACCGAACUGCGAUCUGCUACAUGCAAGACGGUUUGGGCAUCGCUGAGAACAUCAACAACAAGAUCUUCACGGACGCGGCGAAGCGGCCGUCGAUCGUGCUCGGGCAUAUGGGCUCGUUGGCGUACAACAGGGAAACGAACUCGGUCCGUGUGAUGGAUCCGGAGUUCACCACAGCGUUGACAGGCGUGCGACCGGCGACCUACGACCCGAGCAAGGAUAUCGCCUCCGACACGUGGUUACGGACACAGGGUAUGCUGGGAAAGUUCGCGGCCUCCGACGUACUAAACGCUCAGGGCGUGUACCUCGAGAAGUGGAUGAUGGUCAAGAUUCCCUCGCUGAUGUUCUCGGCCGCUGUCGAGCCCAUUUGCGUGAUGUUGGACGCGCACUAUAAAGACAUCUUAUACAACCCUACUGCUCACCGGCUCAUUCAGCAGCUGCUCGUCGAAAUCUCCGAUGUUGUGGGGCUUAUGAGCGAGACUAGAAAGGCACCGGGGCUGCAACGACUACUGCGAGGUGACGCCUUGAUGAAGCAGAUGAUGGGUAAACUCAGGGGCAAAAAAGACUCCCCGAGCAGGAUGUCGCUGCAGAUUCAGCGUGGGUUGCUGACGGAUAUUGAAUACUUGAACGGAUACUUCAUCACGAGGGGACGCAGGAAGGGUUUAGAUAUGCCGGCGAAUCAGCUGGUUAUGGAUAUGGUAAAGGCGAAGCACAAGUCGGUCUUGGAGAAGCAUCGGUCAUAUAUCCCGAUGGAGGUCACUUCCAGGCGGCAGACUUGA